AUUUGCGCUCUUGUCAGACGUGACGUUGUCGUGUCUGCGGCUCCUCAGUCCGGCUUUGUGAGAAACGACGCGGAGAUGUUUGGGGCGGACGAGUCAGCCUAGCUGAUUCCACUAAAAACACAUGAACAAGUGCAUUUGAGAAGUAGGGAGCCAUGCAGAGUCAGAGCCAGACCCACGAUCCUGUGACCACAGAGCCACCACUGGACACCCAGAAUCAGCCUGCACAGACUGAAGCAGAGGCACAACAGGAGGAGAACAAAUCAACUGUUGAUGCUGAAACAACAGAAGAGAUAGGGGUGCAGACAACACCUGCCAGUAUGACAGUCAGACCACCAGUGGAGAAUGCUGCUCAGACGCUCCCCGUAUCCACAGAAAACACUGCAAGGACGGACUCUGCUGCAAAGCCCAGUGACCCUACAGACAAGACAAAUUCUGGGGGUGUUGGGCAAAAGGCAAAGAAGCCGGAUAAAGGAGAUGGCAGGAAAUAUGUGCCGUCCAAGAAAGCCAUGGUGGAUCCUCUGAAAAUGGAUAUGACCAAGCCUCUGGUCAUGCCUCUCACAUCAUCUCAGCUCUCCCUUCAGUGCAUCGAGUGCCACAUCAUCUUCAGCGACCACAAAAGCAAAGAGCGUCAUCUGAAGUUGAACCACCCUGCAGAAUAUGAACAAUGCAUCCUGAGGAAUGCCCUUUUUGCCUGCUAUGUAUGUGACCGCCACUUUACAAACUCCACAGAGCUCUUGGCCCACCAGAAAGCCCACAUAGAGAGGAAACCCUUCAAAUGUCCAAUCUGCAGCCAGGCCUUUAAGAAGUCUUCAGAGCUCACUGUCCAUAAAAAGAUUCAUUUUGGCCAGGAUGGCUAUGCCUGCACGGACUGUGGCAAACCUUGCAAAACGCUAACAUUGCUGAAGUAUCACCGGCGCACACACACCGGAGAGAGGCCGUAUGUUUGCAAGGUGUGUGGAAAGAGGUUCACCAUGUCCAAAGCUCUGCAGAAACAUAUAGCAUCACAUUUGCCCAAGGAGGCUGAGGGAGCUGAAGGAGAUGGAGGAGACACCACAGCUAAAGCACAAGUGAAGAAAAGUGAUGGUGCUUCUACACCAAAGUAUCCUUGCUCUGUAUGCAAGGCCACUUUCAAGACUUCCAGGACACGGCUAUGUCACAUCAGAACGAAGCACAGUGUGUUGCCUGCCGCAGCUCCUAACACCAUCCCAGCAGGGCAGCAACUGAAAGAAAGUACACCCAUCAUAACUCCAAUAUCCAUCUGCCAACCGGCCCUACUGCAGGUGGAGCCCAACGGACCGCUGCAAAAAGUUGAUGCCAAUAUUGACACAGAGCAGAUUCGCAGACUUAUUGAAUCUUUGGGAAAUGUGCAGAAAGUGAACCAAGUGGUCGUAUUGGGGCAGGUACCACCUCAUGCCCCUCCACUGGAAGUGCAGCAGAUAUCACAACUGCCAGAGCCGGUAAAUUUGAAUCUUGGCCCACCGCAGAUAGAUUUUCUAGGACUGAAAGAGACAGAUUCAAAGGCAGUUGAAUUGGACCCUUUAAACAACCCAUAUGAUUCAAUGGAGCAAACAAUAAUACUGGAGCCUAUUACUCCAGAUGGACAACUAGAAAAUCCCUCUUUCUCAGAAUUAGGCUCUCACAUAGCAGCAGGUGAAAAUAUUGAGCUAACCCUCGUUCCAGCUGAACAAACAAUGAGGUCUGAAGGAGAGGUGAUGCAUCAGAUCCUUCAGCAACCUGAGAUUAGUCAAAUUCACUCUGAUCCUGUGGAUCUCAAAGAAAAUCUUGAGCAAACAGUCAUAUUAGAACUUACGCCUGCUUUGAUGCCAACUUUGGAGCUGGAACAAUCGCAAACAUUGCCACAAAAUGAAAUCCCUCCUUCCUCUUCUCUGGUACUAACCACUGGCUUGGAGACUCCUCAACAGACAGCAGACCAGACUAUAAUAGAAGAGCAACAAACCAGCUUAUCAGUGCCACCACUCAUGUCCACAGUUGAGUUGGAGCUGACACCGUUACAGCCACACCAGCAGGACCUCUCCUCUUGCUCUUUUGUUCCUCCAGACACACUUACUCCAAAUGAAUCUGGAACUAAUCCCAAAGAAGAUGUUAAUUCCCAGAUGCAAACAUUAGUUCUAGAUCAGGUCCACCCUGUGGUGCAAGCAGACUCACUACAAGAGACACACGAAAAGGCUGAGCAAGUGUCAUCUGAGGAACUGCUUGUAGAUCACAAGAAUAACUUGUCUGAAGCUGAGGAGCCACGUGCUCAAGAAGAGAUCCAGUCACAGUUAGAGACCAAUCAAGCGCAAGAGACCUCAGAGAUGCCUGUAAAUUUAAUGUCAGCUCAAGAACUGGUGAAAGUGCGGAAAAGAAAGCCAGCCAGGACUUUAAUUUUUCAAGGAUAUAUGCAAGAUCUGGUCAGAUCCAUAGACAAGGAUGACUUACAAACUGAUGCCAAACCUGCCAAGCGCCAAAGAACAAAAAAGUCUCAUCUUGUUGUUAAAUUUGGUCCACAAAACAAAGAGAAGAAAAACAUGAAACAGAGGAAGCCAUCCCAGCAGCGUCAGCCAAUGCAGGAAGAAGUGAUAAGAGGUAAAACGCCAACAAAAAAACUCUCAGAGAAAAAAGAAGCAUCAGAGAAGAAGGGAAGAAAGGGAAAAAGGGAGAAAACAGUGGGAAAUGCUUUAUCUCCAGCUGCAAUCAAGUCAUCUUCGUCAACCCAGGUCCCACAGGUGCAAGAAAUCAAGGCGGAUACAAGAAAAAAUAAAAUGAAAAAACAGAAAGAAGUCUCCAAGGGCGGUGUAACACGUAUAAGUAAGCACAAAACUGUAGCAUCGCCUAUGUUUAAAAGGAAAAAACAAGCAAAAAUAAUGCAAAAAGAUCAGCCCAAGAAUGCAAAGGAUGGGAAGGCAAAGAAAAACUCGACAAAAGAGGAAACGGUUAACAAGGCCGACGUAGCUGGCUCACACAUAAUGCGAGACUCUCUGCUUCUACUGAAAGGUCAUAAACAACCCCAGCUGAAAGUUUACAAGUUAGAUCCUUCAAAGGCAUCAGGCCAGGCUCCGGAGGCUUUACCUCAUGACCUCAAACAUCCAACAAAUGCAUCUACAAAUAAUCUCUCAGCAGAAGGUAGGGAAAAAGGUGGAAGAGCCAAGAAGAACCAGAAAAAUCUGUCAUUGUUGUCCUCGCUGCAGGUGUCCCAUCAGCCACCUGAGGCCCUGCCCACCAAGCCAAAGGCCACCAGGAAGCGUAAACCCUCCUCCAAAGUGGAGACCGAAGGAGUUAUAACUUCUCUUUCCAAGCGUGCCUUAGAGUGUAAGGACUGUGGGGAAAGAUUUAGUGAAGUCUCAUCCCUUCAGAAGCACAAGACAACCGUGCACAUCGUAGAAAGUCCCAGUCUCACGUACACCAAUGGGAACAUCUUCGAAGGCGUCUCCAGGUUGGAUCUUUACCAGCUUCCAAAAGAACAAGAUAAGGUUGUCGAGGUGAUGCCUGCUGCUACAGACUGGGAUACUGAACCAGAGAUGGCAUUAGAGGACCGAGAGCGAAGCGUCUCUUUUCCAGCUUUGAUUCCAUCUCCAUCUUUUCCUGUUCCCCCAGAUGUUGACAUCAGUGCCUAUGAGGAUAAGGGUGCAAGUAGAACAGGAGCAGAUAAUCAGUCUCAAACUUCUCCUGAAGUUCACCAACCCUCUGAGAAAAUGGAAAAUGCUGAGAUUCUUCCUAAUUUUACAUCUGAAUCACCUUUAGCUACCUCCACUCAGACAACGAUAUCUCAAACAGGAGAACUUUUACCAUCAGAUGAUGACAAGCGAGAAGAAAAUACAGUGAAGAAUGCCACCUGUGAGUCUGGCGUCCAGGGAGCAAUGGAUGAAGAUGUAAAGGAGGAUUUACUUCUAGAGGUAGAUUUAGUCACUGUUGGGGAGCAGAAUGAGCGAGAUGAUCCAGCUUCUCAUGAAGACACUGUUCCCCAAAAUGAAUCAAAUAGAAGCAGCAACUCUGAGGGGGAGAGCACUGGCGAACAUCCUGAGACAUCAGGAAGAAAUCUAACUUCACAAAAUGUAUCAUGUUCCACUCACCAAAUGGAGAUCAAAGAAGAAGAGGAAGAAUUGUUAGUCCAUAAGAAAAAAGACGGCGGUAAAGGAGCUUCUGCAAAUAGUGCUGCCAGAAGUAGAAGAAGAGGAACAGGGCGCUUAAAAAGGGACGUGGUGUCAAAGAGAGUUUCAGCUGGAGAUACUGUCAGAGGAACAGAAUCAGAGAAGCAACAGGGUGAAUGCCAGGUAGUUUAUGAAGAACAUCGCAUCACCUCGGAUUCAGAAAUGACGGACUGUGAGAUCAAGAUUUCACAGCAGGAGACGAGUCCUUUAUUCCAGGCAAACAAAGCUACUGCUCCUGUUGCACCUUUGCCGUCAGUUCCAUCUCUAUUAGAGAAGUCUCUUGAAGAACAAGUUGUGUUUGAGCUGGAGUCUGUUCCCACUUGUGUUGAGGAAGAAAUGAAUGGAAUAGAGCUGCAGGGAGGAGAGGGACAAGACAGGGAGGCCGACCAGUCACCAGGCAUCAUAUUGGAGAAGGUUGUUACCUCCAGAGAAAAAGCGACUGCUGACAAGGAGUUGUGCCUGACGACAGUAAGGAACGAUCAAAGACAGAGUGAGAAUGGAGUACAAGUUCUUGGAAGCGAAGAGAUCAAGGUCGAAGAGAACAGCUCAGAUCCACUGCUGCUUGCAACCACCUGUCAAAAUAGACAGAGUGCAAGUGUGCAGCUGCAGCAUCAUCGGGAUAUAAAAACUGUUCUGGUGAAAGAGGAAAGCUGCCUCGUGCUGAACGAUGCUUCUGUUACACAUGGUAGCAAACACAUCCGAUGGAAUGUGGAGCCGGUCAGCAAUGAAAACACAGUUACCCCACUAGUGGACAGUGAGGAGACGACAAGGGACUCUCGCAUCACUCCGGAGUUCAACACCAACCAGUGCAUCUUUUACCCGGUGAAGGAGGAGGAGAGGGAGGUUCUACUUGGAGCCCCUCAGACCAGCAGAGGGAGUUCAACCCCAGAAGAGCCCGGUGAUGCAAAUCAGACAGAACAUCAAACACCAGAUUGUGAUAUGCAUGAAGGAAGCCAUUCUGCACCAGACUACCAGGAAACAGGAGUCAGAGGUCUGUCAGAACCAGGGGUCAGCAGCUUUGCAGAUGGACAAGCUGUGUCAGACUCUGAGUGGCAGCAUCCGCCAGACCUCCGCGACUAUCUCCUCCAGAGUUCUGAUGAAGAAGACGUGGGAGGUUUUGAGUUGUCUGAUCCUCAGCUUGACUCAGAAGCAGAAGUAAUGGCUUAUUUCUACAAGAAGCAAAGCAACAGCGCACAACAGCUGGAUCAAACUUCAGAAAAUUUGACAUCUUCAUCGAGCCAGAUCCAAGCGCCCAGAAGUGAAAACGGCACCCGAGAGCCAAUUGAUUACUUCUCCAGCUAUUUUGGUUGGGAUACCUGGGUCGAAAUUGCCAGUUCCACAAAUAAAUUCUCCAACUUGCCUUACCUGGUCACAGCCAGAGAGGUGGCACGCUUUGUUGGCAUCCACAUCGCAAUGGGGACUUUGAAGUUUCCCAGUCCAAAGCUCUACUGGGAGGACUUGACGAAGGUGCCCUUGAUUGCUGAAGCCAUGGCGCUGUCACGCUUCCUCGAGAUGUCUCGCAAAUUAAAACUAAGUUCAAAGGAUCCGGCCAAUAUCAAUGUACGGGAACAAACGCCUCAUAGGGAUUUUCAGAAUGCACUUAAAGGUACAACUUGCCCAAACAGGCAAAGUAUAAUUCCUCAGCAGUGCCGAAGUGCAAAUGACUUGAACAGAUCACAAACACAGACUGAUCCCCUGUGGAAGGUUCAGCCUUUGUUGUCUCGCUUCAAAGUAGGUUGCCAGUCACUGCGACAGGAAGGCGAUUAUGCCGUUGACCAAUAUCGGCUUCCUUUGACUGGGAAGAAGCACAACAAGCUGUUUCUCCAUUGCACUACGUUAAUCGGAUUUAGCGGUUUACUCCUACAUGUGGAUCUCAAACUGGAUCUCUCAGACAAAGAAGAUGCUGUAGAGAAAAUGGUCCCCAAAGGCAGCAUGGUGUUCCUCUGCAAACAGGAGCUCUCCACCCCCGCAAUGCUGGAGCGCCUUUUGGUCGCUGGGGUCCAUGGAGCGGGCCGGGUGGGAGGAGCUCGAGGGCAGAUUGGGGAUGAGUUUGUGAGCUCGGAUGGGAAGCUAAUGUUGCGAAGAUCGCACUGCGGCUUCAUACUUUCUACUGCCGGGAACAAUCGGAGGAGCAUGGUCUCUCUCACUGACAGCUUUGAGAAUGCCCAGAAAUCGGCUCGGCUUAAUAGAGACCUACAAAGCCUUUACUCUAUUCCCAUCACUGCCUCGGCACCGACCUGCUGGCCACAAGCGGUGCUCUGGUACCUCACAGAUCUGGCUUUGGUGAACUCCUGGCUGCUGUACCGGCAGGACUCGCCUGCUCCUUUAACUUUCAUGGCCUUCAGACUGGAGGUGUCCAAGGCUUUGAUCCUCUCCAGUGGCUCUGACACCCAGGACUCUGUUCCGCCUCAGCCCCCCACGGACAAAGCUGAAGCCACAAAUGAAACUCCAAAUCCCAUCGUAGUGGAGGAAAGUCCUCUGCCGGAUGCGGAAACACGGUACGACGGUUCGGGCCACUGGCCGGAGCAGCUUGCAGAGGGAGAGGGGGGCAGGUGUCGAUUUGGGGAUUGUCAGAGAACAUCACGAGUGCUAUGCCUUAAGUGCUGCGUCUUUCUUUGUAUCUCACGCAAUCACAACUGCUUUUUGAAUUUCCAUAAUCAAGGGACUUCGGGAAAAGAGUAGUGUCCGGUACAGACUUUACCUUUCAUGCUUUCUGAUUUAGAAUGUAACUGUGCUUUUGGUGUGUGUAAACCCAGCUCCUCUGUCCUUACAGCUUUCCUAUGUUGCCUUUCUCUGGCAGUGUCAUUCUUUUGUAAGACUUUUGUGAGGUAGUGUAAAAAAAAAAAAAAAGAAAACAAAUGCCAUAUGAUGUGGCUUAUUAUGUCAUUGAGCCAUUGUAUAAAACAAACAAAAAAAAGAAUUUGCCUUCAAAAGGAAAUGUAAAAAGACUCAUAGCCAUACACUGUGCUGAAAAGAAGUGUAAAAUGUAAUUUUAACAUUGUGGUUACCAUGAUGCUUUUUUUACCGUUAAUUUUAACCUAAUCUAGUUUACAUUUCAUGAUGAGCGUAUUUUUUGGCUCUAUGAAUUCGAACAUUAUUUAUUUCAGAAACAAUAAAAUACAAGUAAGCAAAUCA